AUGGCCGGGCCUGCGGGGCCUCGGCGGGGGAGGCGGGCGGGGCCAGAGGGGCGGGGCCAGAACCAAUCGCGGUCGGGGACGCCCCUAAGGGGCGGGGCUAGAGGGCCUGGAAGGGCCAGUGAGGACACCACGGAGGAGGAGGUGGCUGAGCUCAGCAUCCACCCUGCUCCCUGCACCCAGAGGUGGUUGAGAAGAAAGGACGGAUCCGUGGGAGUGGGAUCUCACACAGCCAUGGCCACUGGUGUGGGCAGCCUCGACAGCCUCGACCUGCUGGACCUCCUCUUCGACCAUCAGGACGGGAUCCUGCGUGGUGUUGAGCUGGGGACACCCCCGGGCGCCUGGCACGAGGAUGGGCUCGCCCAGGACAGCGAGGACUUCCUUAGUUCCAUCCUGGGCUCUGGGGACUCAGUGUCGGGCUCGCCUGGGUGGUCCCCGGCCACCAGCGACAGCGGGGUCUCUGAGGACCCCCCCUCCGACCAGCUGGACAGCCCCCCCGGUGAGGCCCUGCUCCCCUACAGCACCCCCUGCCCCGCACCGCCCCUCCCACGCCCCGAGGUCUCCAUCGACUUGGACAUGUGGCACCCUGGGUUCUUCCUGGAGGAGGCCCAGGACCUGCCCGCAGUGCCCCCGCCCGCAUCCUGCACCCUCACCGUCAAGGACCUGCUGCUCUCGGGCAGCUCAGACACUCAGCCGCCGGCACCCGGAUCCCUGCUGAGGCCGAGCCAGGGGCCGUUCCAGGAGCUGGUGCUGACGGAGGAUGAGAAGAAGCUGCUGGCGAAGGAGGGGGUGUCGCUGCCCACCCAACUGCCCCUCACCAAGUACGAGGAGCGAGUGCUGAAGAAGAUCCGGCGGAAGAUCAGGAACAAGCAGUCGGCUCAGGAGAGCCGCAAGAAGAAGAAGGAGUACAUUGAUGGGCUGGAGAGCCGGAUGUCAGCAUGCACGGCCCAGAACCAGGAGCUGCAGAGGAAAGUCCUGCACCUGGAGAAGCAGAACUCGUCCCUCCUGGAGCAGCUGAAGAAGCUCCAGGCGCUGGUGGUUCAGUCGAGCAACAAAGCAGCGCAGACGGGAACCUGCAUCGCGGUCCUGCUGCUCUCCUUCGCACUCAUCGUCUUCCCAUCCAUCAGCCCCUUUGCCCCCAGCAAGGCCACCGCGGACGGCGACUUCAGACCCAUGCGAGUUUUCUCCAGGUCCCUGCACAAUGCGGCCGCCUCCCGCGUGGCUUACACACAGCCCCAAGUCGGGGAGGAGAAGGCCCUGGAGCCACUGUUGCCAGAACGUCUGGGUGAAGCCCCCGAGACCCUACACGAAGCCUUCGGUGGCCGCACGUUCACCCCACAUCCGGACAAAGUCUCCCUGCAUAACGGCACGCAGCCGCUCGCCUCGGAGGGGCUGAGCCGCGGGGAUGGGAACCGAGCCGACCCCAUGGCUGAGGAUGACGCCGUGCCGCCCCACGGCCUGGCGUCGCUGGCUUGGACCGAGGCUGCCCACAGCAGGCCCGCAGGGCUGGAGCCGGCCGAGGAGCUGUGAGGACCACGGGGGACACCAUGGGGUGGCUCAGCACCUCAUCCCCUAUGGGACAAGCCCUCGGCGUGGCCCCUCUAGGAUCCAGGCCAUCUCAGCGUCUGCAGGUGGAUGCUGGACUCGCUUGGCUUUGCUUCUAUCUCAACUGGGAAGAUGACACCGGUUCCCACUAGUCUUACUGGGAGGGAAGGGGCUGCUCCUGCCCACUGGGUGCAGCAGGAGCUGCGGAAGGGAGACAGCGUCGCUCAGGAUGGAGACGAGGGCCCCUGGGCUGGCUGGGCAGCGAUGCUGCAAUGGGUUGGGUUUGUUCUGUUUGGGGUUAUUUUUUAAGCUUUAUUUUAAUCUCUAAAUAAAGGUAU